AUAUAAAUGCAAUUAGGAAAAAAAAUACGGAAUUCUAGUGACCCCUUAAGUUUGCAAAAUAAUGAGUAAGUGAUCUUAAAUUAAAAAACCUACAUACAUAUGUACAUAUAUAAUCUGCUAAUUCUUUUCAUAGAUUUAAAAAACGGUUUAGGCUAUCGAAGGAAGCGUUCAAUUUUCUUCUUGACGAAUUAGUAUUUGAAGGGCAACUUUCUACUACAGUUCCACCAAAAAUACAAUUAGCCGCUACCUUAUCCCUUUUAGCUUCUGGAGGUUUCCAACAUUCAGUGGGGAAUGACUUUCUAAUAGGCAUUAGUCAAAGUUCGAUCAGUAAAAUUACAAAGCGUGUGGUGGAUGAAAUGGAGCGAAAACUUUGUCCAAAAUUUAUAACGUUCAAUUGCAGAAAUAGUGACGAAUGCAAGGAGAACUUCAUGGCAAAAUAUAAUAUUCCAGGUGUUAUUGGGUGUGUUGAUGGGACCCAUUUUGGAUUGCAAAAACCUCCAAACGAGCAUAUGUUUUUUAACAGGAAAGACUUUCAUAGUCUAAAUUCAAUAAUAAUAUGCGACCAUCAAUAUAAAAUUUUGGCCAUAAAUUCUAAAUAUGGAGGAGCUGCUCAUGAUUCGUUUGUUUGGAAGGAAUCCGAAGAAAGAAUCCAUCUCGAACAAGAAUAUAAUAAUAAUUUAAGAAAUUUUUGGCUCUUAGGUAAGUAAUUCAAAAAAUAAAUUUUGGAUAUUUGUAAAUACGUCACAAAAAUAUUGUUUAUAUUUACAUGUAGGUGAUUCGGGAUA